GUCACAUGAUAAGUUAUGUUUUGAUUUGAUUUGAUGUUUUUUGUUUCUCCUUCUUCUAUACUCUUCUUCUCUGCUCAUUUGAAUUUCAAUUUGAAUUUCAAUUUCAAUUUCAAUCUCAAUCUCAAGUCAAGUAACUGAAUCGAAUCAGAAGAAGAAGAUGACGAUCCCCACCAUGCAAUCAACGCCGGGAAGCUCUGGGUAUUUGGAUUUGUACCCAGAACGAAAGAUGUCUUUCUUCAAGAAUCCCUACAUUCUCGGACUCGCUGCUGUUGCUGGCAUCGGUGGUCUCCUCUUCGGCUACGACACUGGUGUCAUAUCCGGAGCCCUUCUCUAUAUUAAAGACGAUUUUGAGGAGGUUCGAAACAGUAAUUUUCUACAGGAAACAAUUGUCAGCAUGGCAAUUGCUGGAGCAAUUGUUGGUGCAGCAGUUGGCGGUUGGUUUAAUGAUUAUUAUGGACGAAAGAAGGCCACACUAUUUGCUGAUGUCAUCUUUGCUCUUGGAGCAAUCGUCAUGGCCGCCGCGCCGAAUCCUUAUAUUCUCAUUGUGGGACGUCUUCUCGUUGGUUUAGGUGUCGGCGUAGCUUCGGUCACUGCUCCUGUGUAUAUUGCAGAGGCAUCACCAUCUGAAAUUAGGGGAUCAUUAGUAAGCACAAAUGUGCUCAUGAUAACUGGUGGACAGUUUCUUUCCUAUCUUGUAAACCUUGCUUUUACCCGGGUUCCCGGGACAUGGCGAUGGAUGCUUGGUGUUUCAGGUGUUCCAGCUGUUAUUCAGUUUGUUUUAAUGCUCUUCCUACCCGAAUCCCCAAGAUGGCUAUUUAUAAAGAAUAGGAAAAACGAAGCAGUCGAUGUGAUUUCUAAGAUCUUUGACUUAUCUCGUUUAGAGGAUGAAAUUGAUUUCUUAACUGCUCAAUCAGAGAAAGAGCGCCAAAGAAGGAGUACUAUCAAAUUCUGGCAUGUUUUCAGAUCAAAAGAAAUCAGAAUGUCAUUCCUUGUUGGAGGCGGACUUCUGUUUUUUCAGCAGUUCACAGGGAUAAACACAGUCAUGUAUUACAGCCCAACAAUUGUCCAAAUGGCUGGCUUCGAGUCUAAUCAGUUGGCUCUUCUCCUGUCCCUCAUAGUUGCGGGUAUGAAUGCUGUCGGAACAAUUCUUGGCAUUUACCUUAUCGACCUCGCAGGGCGGAAAAUAUUGGCCCUUUCUAGCUUGGGAGGAGUAAUUGCAUCCUUGAUCCUCUUGUCUGUGGCAUUUUAUAAUCAAUCAUCAAGUGAAGUGUAUGGUUGGAUUGCAGUUUUAGGCCUAGCCCUAUAUAUUUUGUUUUUUUCACCAGGAAUGGGACCUGUGCCAUGGACUGUGAACUCAGAGAUAUAUCCAGAAGAAUAUAGAGGUGUCUGUGGGGGCAUGGCAGCAGUAGUGUGUUGGAUUUCAAACUUGAUUGUGUCAGAGAGCUUCCUUUCAAUUGCUGAGGGUAUAGGCAUUGGUUCUAGUUUCUUGAUUCUUGCUGGUAUAGCUGUGGUUGCAUUUUUCUUUGUGCUUCUGUAUGUUCCCGAGACCAAAGGAUUGACAUUUGAUGAAGUGGAUGUAAUAUGGAGGGAGAGAGCUUGGGGCAAGAACCCAAACACACAGAACCUUCUUGAGCAGGGAAGCCAUUCCUAAGUUGUUGAUAUGUCAUGUAUAAUCAUUUUCUUAAAGUACUAUUCCAUAUAUGCAUCCUUUGACUUCAUGUAUUAUUAUUAUUAUCAUUAUUAUUCUCAUACAUGUAUUCACGUGUUGGUUUUGGCUA